CAUCUAGAAACGGACAUGACAAUGAAAUCGAAAAGGCACGUCGUCGUGGCGCUGAAUCGUAGCUCUGUAGUUGCUGGUUACUUACUGUUACUUCUUUUGAAGGUCAUGAUCAUCAAUCCUCGUGCUCGUCGGUAAACGUAAAAUAUCAAUAGGCUCCUGAGGCAUUUCGGUGUAGCGUCCUCUGACGACACCAUCAAAAGUAUGGCGCUGAGCAGCGGUGGACGAGAGUUUCUCGAUCCUUGAGUGUUACCCAAACGUGCAUCUUCAUCAGUGCGGCACACCAAGAUGAUGCUAUUCUGGCAGGCGUUGACCUUGUUCCUGCUUUCGGGCGACCUUCUGCAAGCAGUGAAUGGCCUGCGCUUUUCGCCUGACAAUGUGAAACGUAACGCUCUAUCGUCGUCGUUCCUAGGAAAAGGAAACAAUGGGACCUCCAUCACAAGCACAGCCCUGCAGCAUGGUGUGUCGAACACGUUAAAAGGUACGAAAUCCUCCUCAGCAGCGUCGACCCGUCCACCAAAGGUCCACUACCUCUUCCUAGUCUAUAACCAUAUCAACAAUCAAGAGUCGUGGCGACGCUACUUCCAAAAUGAACAGGAUGAAGGACGAGCAGCAGAACAGGGUGGGGAAAAAGGUGACUAUGAUGAAUUACUUAGAAUUGGUGACUUAUAGUUCUCUGCUAUCUUCCUUCUUUUUCUUUUUCUUCUUCUUCUUCUUCUUCUUCUUCUUCUUCUUCUUUGUGAUUACUUAUGAUUGAUUAUCUACUUUGUCAACUGUUUUCUAGGUAGUUUUUUUGUAGUUUCUCAUUCUCUCCAUGUCCAUGUCCAAGGCGAGGUGAAUAGAGUGUACAUAAGGGGAAUGUGAUCUCGAGCGUGAAUGAUCAUCUUCUAAGUCGACAAAGUGGCCGCCGUCGAAACCGAUUGGCAGGCCUACAUCCACUGCAAAGAUGGCUAUACGUGUCAAAUGCCCCCGUUCGAAGCAACGUUGAUUCCAUCAGUUAAGAGGACACUCAAAUUGUUCAGUGAACGUACUCCCUUAUUUCAGUUUAUCGAAUGGUCUAUACAGAUGAUGUUCCUUGUGUCCUGCUAGGUAGUCCUUCACAUCAGAAAUCACCUCUUACCUCCUCUAAUCCCAUCGCCUCAACCUACUGUGCCGAUCUGGUCUCUCCCAUGAUUGCCCUACUUCGAGAGGCACUGAAAAAUGCGGAAAGCAGCGAUCAGUUCGCCUUCUUCUCCGACUCCACACUGCCCGUGAAACCGCGUCAAUACGUGCAUGAGACGCUGUUGGCUUUAUGGCUGGCUAGUUUUUAACAAAGUAAAAGUAUUGAUGUUAUUGACAAGAAAAUCAGAAAUAUAAGAAACAGUAGAGUCCUCGUGGUGAUCCUCAUCAAGGAAGAAGUAGUAAUAUUAAAGUACUUGUUAGUGCUAAAGCUAAUGCCUCUAUGCAGCUAUUCCUAUCAGCUGCUCUAAUCUCCGACCCAACUCUAUCCGCCUUCUGCAUGUUCCCGGUUAGUGCAUGGGCUCGCAGGCCUAUGGCGGAUCCGACACAGGGUUUUGAAGUGGCGGCGAAACAUCAUCAAUGGGUCACACUGUCCUACGAUGCAGCCACAAAACUCGUGAACACUUUCAAUGUCAAUGUACUACUGAGUUUUUCUUUGCUGCGAUGCUGUUGGAAAUGAUAAAUGAGUGCUUCAGUGACUUCUCUGUUUACUGACCUUUGAUGCCACCAGACUGACACUACUUCACCAAUGACUUACUUGCUCUACUGUAAGAAGUUAAACUUUAACUCACGACGUAUGUCAUUGUCGUAGACAUAGUCAUCUUUUCCUUAUCAGGACAUCCUUUACCAAUCGCUACUGUCGUCGUUUAACUUGGUUGGCCGAGUGUGCAUCGACGAAUACUACAUGUUUCAUGCACUUUUCUUAUGAUUCUUGGCAAUCGAUUUUUCUCUGCUCUACCUCGAGUGCAGCUGUUCUUGAGUAAGUACUCCUCCACCGUCCAGCCAUGUGGUCUACAAUCUCGAUAUACCGAUUUGCCUCUUCCAGGAGUCCUGCCUGACAACUCCACUGCUAAUCUUGCUUCACCAAAGUCACUUCUCUGCUUUCAGUUUUGGGCCAUGUCUUACUCUAAUCUCUGAGACUCUCCAGAAUGCUCCUGCUACUGACUUCGUGCAAAGAACACUGCUAGACAAGUUCGACGCACAGCAGGCGAACCGUGAGGCCUCAGGAGCUCAGGCGAGACAUUUGAAAGCUGUUGGUAUUGUAGUUUCUGUUUCUUCGAGUUGUAGUUUCUUAGAUUUGCUCGAGGACAAUCAAGUUGUACCUUCGGACAUCUAGGAGAUGUUAUUGUUAAGUAUGCCUAAUAUAAUCUUCGAUUUAGACUCGGUUUGGGACUCGCCUGCCUGAUCCUGAAGUCAUCUACGUCUUACCUACCGCUUGAUGAGGCGCGACUACUUAGUAGGAAUAGCCUUCUUGAGUUUUCCUUUUCUUGCUCCUGCCCCUACUCAGCAAACUGCGUAUUUGCGUGCGCCUUCCACUGAGGCUGCUUUUGCGCCCUCCACUGGAACAUGUAGUAUUCGUCGAGCAGCAAUGCAUCAAGAUGAUCGGAAUGACGACUUCACAACAACUCAUAUUAAACCUGUAGUUUACAGCACCACCUCCAAUCUUCGCACAGCCAUCAACCGUCAACAACCUCAACCCUCCUCACACAGACUCUCCACGACAUCAUGCAAGCCUUUCAUAUGAAUCAUUGGGCCUAUCCACAGAACACUGGUUGUCUCGACGAAUACUACCUGUUUCAGAGUGUCAUAGGCAUAGUGCGUGGCGUCAGUGAUUUGUCUGCGUUGAAGUUUGACUCUGCAUUUGGGCAGGGGGUUGUUGGUACUACUUCUUGUAACUUGUUUGUACUUCUACUUGUAACUUGUAGUUUUUGAGCUGCCAUACUCAUACAUGAACUCUUGGUUGCACGAACUGCACUGCUUUGCCUUUGUUGUUACAUCAGAUCGCUGCUACACGUUGGCUUGUUGGAACGUGCCUUCGAACCCAGUGAUACCAGCAAUCCAACAGUACCUGCAGAACUAUUUAGGGAGAAAGGUAGUUAUCGUGAAUACUAGAUUACUAACAAGUUUUAGUUUACGUAUAAUUGGUAUAAUUAUAGAAUAAUUUAUAGAACGGAUGUAGGAUGGACUUGGAUGGAUCGGAUGGACCCCCCUAAGUCUUCCGAUCCUACUUGAAAUGGUGGGAAGUCCAUCCGUUCCAUCCGAUCCACCCCCUCCCGGAUCUGGCACCCCUAUAAAUUACUCUAUUAUACCACGACUGGCCCAAGGUUCUCGGCUUCUUCUAAGUCAGUAUGCUGGUUACCUGAAGUGGUAGCGCAAGUGACUUUUUCUCAUUGACUCUCUGCUCUAACCCCCGGCCUCGUCCGCUACGACGCAGUCACAAGACCAGGAACGCUCACGCACGCGAGUAUCGCAGGUCUAAAGGAGCUGAGGAAAAGCAGCUUCUUGUUUCUCCGCAAAGUGCCGGACUCUCCACAGGUGUUGGAUUCUUGCGAGAGCUUCGAAAAUGCGGCAAUGAGGCUGUUGUAUAGGUAUGGCGUGGACGUCAAAGUCAAUGAAUGUGUUAUGUUGUACUAGUAGAAGGAAAAAUGGAUAUGGACAUGUAUAAGAGUUGCUGUUGCAGGCAUCUCUGGCCGUUGUACUACAACAAGGCUAUAAUGGGUAAGUCACGACUUCAGACUUAAUUAAGUACCCUUUCCACACUUCUAUAUGUUCCAGGGCGCGGUUGGUCUUCAGGCUCUCUCCCCCACCGAGUUCCACCACAGACCGCACCACAGGGGGGGGCGUCCGGCCCCGAAUCAUGUAUGCUCAUUAGCAUAAUUACCGUUCCCUCACAAGUCGCAACACCAACACCCACUACCCUUUUCCAUAUCUCCAGCCACGUCUUACCCGCUCUAGAGGGACCAGCACAGUCGGAUUUGACGUACUUGACAGUGGAUUUUCAACAAGAAUACUUCGGAUCGUGGACAGAUGUCGCGAAUGAGGAUACAAGAAUCAAGGCAAUGGCUUUGGGAGAUGGAGCUUUAGACCAUCAGUCGGAUGGAGGGCCUAUUAUGAAAGGACGAUUUGUGGUCUACAACUUUUGUUGUGAUUUUUGAAGAAAACAAAAAUCAUCAUACGAAUCAACAUUCAAGAAUUUGCCGCUUGUGGUCUAUACUCUGUUGAUGGUGAAAUUCCGUGAAAAUGUUGUCCGAUAUUGAAUUUGCUUCAAUCAAAUUCAAAUUGAUAUAAAACGUUCUUAGGUUUUCCACUCCUCCUCUAACUCCCCAACCACCUCCCCAAUCGCCUCGACGGGACGCGAAAUCAAGCUGGAGGCGCGCUCUUUGUCAAGCAAUAGCUUUGUCUGGACCGGUCAUGGCACUAUUUGUGGAAGACAUUUGAGCCUCCGCUUCCACGAUCAGGUGCUAGACGGGGAGCUGAAUGACAAAGCCGAUACGAUCUACUGGGCAAAUGGAGCACAGUGGAGGAAAGGUAAGUCCUUGAUGUACUAGUACUUUCAAAGAAAAGGAUUAGAUAUAGUAAUAGUUUUAGCAGUUACCAGGAUACUUCAGGAUACUUGUUGAUAGUUGCCCUUUUCUCUUUUCUAUCUUCCUCUGGUCUGUCUUUUUUCUAGUUAAGUCGGCCCCGCCACAAUUAUACUGGGUUACAGUCACUUUCAUCUUCUUGGCCCACUCUCCACCAGAUAUGUCCGAUAAGGAUAGUGCGGUCGAAAAACAGGUCACAGCAAUGACGCAUCACGACGGUGCCUCACCUGCGGAGGCUGUGAAAAAACUGCCUGGCGCUCUUCCUAUGCAGUUUGUCACGACUUCCGAUGCUAAGAGGUCCAUAGCAACACCGCUAUCGACCUCCAAAUCGAAAACGAAAACCAUCGCAACUCCAGUUGUAUCUUCUUUUUCGACGGUCAAGAAGAGGCAGGCGACUAGUUCCACAAGUGCUGUGGAGAAGAGGAAGAAGACGAAGACAUCCUCAAGUAGUCGUGACUUCUUCUCUUACAACCUACCAGUUUCGUCGCCAGGGGUGGUCGCAAGCCCUGUCUUUCAAGCGAACUCGACUGCUUCACUGUGAUGAUGUCUAUUGGGAGGUAGAGUACUAGGGAGCUGUGGAUGUGGUGUCAUAUAAUUAUUUUUUUCCUCUCGAAAUAAAACUGUUCAGUUUUGCUGCUAGAAGUUCUAGAUGUAGUAGUUGUUGUGGUAGUACCUCACUCAUAUUAUUAUUUUUUCCUUCAAUGUUAAUGUAAAAACAAACGAAGUGGUGAAAAGACGUUUCUGCUUUUGCAUUUAUGAUUUUUCAUUCAUGAACCUGGACCUACACGGGUGGCAAUGUGGUGUGAUAUUUUUGCGACAAGAAGCUCUGUCAAGAACGAGCACACCAUCACGCUUCCAGUUUUAUGGUAGAAGGCGGUAGCC